AUGGACCCCGGAGAAGGACUCGAUCCAUCGAAAGCGCAGGACAUCGACGCGUGCGUGAACUGGAAGGAGAAGUCGAUCGGACGCAAGGCGCAACCAAGGGACACGGACGAUGACGGGAUGGAGGGCUGGGCUGUCGUCUUCGACCCGCCGGAGAAGAAGGUGCGGCAGACGAGAUGUCGGCACGAGGGAAUUUACAAGGGCGACAUGGCCGGCUGGGCACAGCAUAACUACACCAUAAGAGUACUUGGAGCGCUGUUCAGCGGCACGAUUGCAGGACGGCGAGGCUCAGUCGCGAUCGCGCUUUGGGGCAACUCGGGAGACGAUCAGAUCGUUCAGAACUGGAAGUUCUACCCCGAGACAGCGACUGGAGAACUUGAAGGCAUCAGAGGUGGAGGAACGUUCAAGGGAUCAACAGAACAGGGCCAGCCGGUGACGCUGAAGGUGCAGUUUGACUGA